AGACUUUGCUUAACUUUGCUAACAGCUAAAUAAAGGUUCCUCAAAGCCAAUGUUAUCCAUUAGAAGAUAUUUUAGCAGUGUUCAACGCAUUGCACAAAUUGCUAAUGCUAGCAAACCGGGUGAAACGCUCCAAGUGCAGGGUUGGAUAAAGAAUGUACGCCGCCUUAAGAACAACAUUUUUCUGGACAUCAAUGAUGGUUCGACGAGUGAGAAGUUUCAGCUGGUUGUGCCACGCAAUGCGUCCACACAGCAACUGGCAUCGGGCAGUGUGAUCAGCGCCGUGGGACGUGUCCAGCUGGCGCCAAAUGGACACUACGAGCUGCAUGCGGAUGCGGUGCAAUGUUUGGCUGAGGGUCAUCUGCAGGAUGGUUAUCCCUUCACACCCAAGCAAAAACAUGCUCCGGAAUAUGUCCGAGAGCAUCUGCAUCUGCGCGCUCGCGUCGAUUACAUUGCCGCCCAGAUGCGUAUCCGGCACAAGGCACAGAAGGCGAUCCACGACUACAUGGAUGAGCUGCACUUUGUGCAGAUCAACACACCCAUCCUGACCACAAAUGACUGCGAGGGCGCCGGCGAGGUCUUUCGAGUACAACCGGAUUCGGAGCAGCUGCUCAAGCAAAUGGCGCGUCCCAGUGUGCCUGUCGAGCAGAGCUAUUUCGAUCAGAAAGUAUUUCUGAGCGUGUCCGGUCAACUGCACUUAGAGGCCAUGUCCUACGGCCUAGGCAACACUUACACCCUUGCGCCCGCCUUUCGCGCAGAAAACUCCAAAUCUCCGCUGCACUUGGCCGAGUUCUAUAUGUUCGAGGCGGAACUGGUGCACAUGGAGCAGCUGGAUGCGCUGGCGGCAUUCAUAGAGCGCAUGCUGAAAGACAUAACACAAAGACUGCUCAACAGUAGUGCGUCAGAUUUGCAUUUUUGCCAGGAGAGCGCUAAUGCUGGCUCAGAUAUCGCCUGGCUGCAGUUGCCAUGGCAGAGGCUCAGCUAUGAUGCGGCCAUGGCAAUAAUUAUGGAGCACAAGGAUAAGUUCAAGAGUGCCGUUAGCGCCGCUGAUGGUUUCAGCAAGGAGCAGGAGCUAUUUCUGGUCGCGCACUGUGGUGCGCCCGUCUUUGUGAUUGAUUGGCCCACGCAGCAGAAACCCUUCUAUAUGAAAGUCUCACGCAGCGAUCCGCAACGUGUCCAUGCCCUGGAUCUGCUCAUGCCCGCCGUGGGUGAGCUGUGCGGCGGCAGUCUGCGUGAAUGUGAUGCGCAGCUGCUCCAGGCGCAUCCACAGUUGCCCAGGGAUCUGAGCUGGUAUGUGGAACUGCGUAAGUUUGGUGGUCUGCACACGGGCGGAUUUGGCAUGGGCUUCGAGCGCUAUUUGCAGCUGGUGACGGGUGUGAAGAAUAUACGGGAUGUGAUAGCCUUUCCCCGCUAUCCGCAUAGUUGUAAAAUGUAGUCAAAGAUCUGAUUAGGUUUUUGUGUAUAAAUUUUUGUUAUUGCUACUAAAAACGA